AUGAUCAUGAUGAGAGCUUCUGGGCACCGGGAACGAGCCCGAGACCAAAUUGUGCUGUUUCCUACGCCAUCUGCCGAUCCGAAUGACCCCCUCAAUUGGUCUAAAGCUCGCAAGAUUCUGAACUACACGUUGGUCAGUUUCUUCGUUCUCUGGACUUUUGUUCAGCUUGAUAUCGGCUUCACAGCUUGGGGGCCCUUGGAAACAGAGCUUGGAUUUUCGGUAGACAUACUUAAUGCAGGCUCUGCUGUUAACUACGGCGGCCUGGCAAUUGGAUGCUUCUUUUUCAUCCCCUUAGUCCACAAGUACGGCCGCCGACCAAUCUAUUUGUUCAGUACGGCUCUGCAACUCGCUUCGUGUAUAUGGCAAGCGCAAACAUAUACUGUGGGUAGUUUCAUCGGCGCCAAUCUAAUCUCGGGACUUGGGGGCGCCAUCAGUGAAGUCGUGGCUCAAGUCACUGUAGCGGACCUGUUUUUCGUGCAUCAACAUGCCACUAUGAACGAAUGGUUUGUCAUUUUCCAGUCAGCAGGUGCUUUCCUGGGCCCUGUGGCAUCGGGAUAUAUCGUGGAUUCUCAAGGAUGGCGCUGGAUGUGGUGGUGGUGUGUCAUUUUCUUCGCCGUGACUCUUGUUUGCGUCAUUUUCCUUUUCGAGGAAUCCAAAUAUGUCCCCGUUCUUGAUGGACAAAGCAUCCCUCCUCUGUCAGGUAGCGAUUCCGUCGUGCCUGGCGAUGGGACAAAAAAUAAAAUCUCAGCGGAUGACCCUACUGCUGAGCGGUUGACGAUUCCAGUUGCCAUCAACAUCGAUAUCAAACCUAAAACCUAUUCGGAACGGAUGACUCUUAUGACAGUCACGAACGAGUCUCUUUUGCCUCACUUCUGGCAGCCCAUCUUGACCCUUCUGACGUUCCCGGCAGUGACAUAUGCUGCUAUCACAUACGGUUCUACCCUCGCUUGGUUUGCGAUCAUGACUUCUCUUCAAGCAACUUACAUGUUGCUGCCGCCAUACAAUUUUGAUGCUAUUGGAAUCGGUCUCAUGAAUCUGGCUCCCUUUGUGGGUGCUGUUCUUGGCUUCCCUUUCGGUGGUUUUUUAAGUGACAAGUCGAUCCUAUGGCUGUCUAAAAAGAAUGGCGGCAUCUACGAACCAGAAAUGCGACUAUGGCUAGCUUUACCGGCCGCUGUUCUGGGUCCUGCAUCAAUCCUGAUGUUUGGGCUUGGACUUGCCUAUGGGGUGAACUGGUCGUGCCUUGCUGUUGGUUUUGGAGUCUUUGGCUUCGUCUUAUCUUCCAUUAGCGGUAUAUCUCUAUCAUAUUUGAUGGAUUGCUAUCAGGAUAUAAUUGGCGAUGCUUUGGUCGGCGUGAUCUUUAUGCGAAAUAUCGUUUCCGUCAUUGUCCUUUUCGUUCUCACGCCAUGGGUUAACGGUAUGGGUAUGCAGAAUCUUCAUAUUCUUUGUGCGGUUAUCGCUUUUGUUCUUUACUUGAUCCCAGUGCCCCUACUAGUGUGGGGGAAGAAGGCAAGAGUUGCAACUGCAGCAAGCUACAAGAAGAUGGCAGCAAACCAGAUCGGCCGCCGUACUGUUUAG